GGCACUAAUUAGGAAGGACCACUUGCAAAAUCCUGAGUAUGGCAUUCAUUUGGAAAAGGUUAAUAGUUGGGUCUAUGAAGAAAUGCAAGCCAUACGACCAGUGCAAAUCUAUGAUAAGACUAUAUAA